AUGAAUAACCAAAAUGACCUUUCAUUUAUGAAAGACUUAAAAGAUAAGUUUUUCAGGAAUGAGAUUUAUUCUUAUAUAUCAGACGUGUUAAUUGCUGUAAAUCCAUACAAAACUAUUCAUGAAUUAUAUACGGUUGAUGCAAUUAAUAUGUUUAAGGAUAAAGAUGUUUCUAAUGAAAUAUUGCCGGCUCAUUUGUUUGUGAUUGCCAAUGAGGUUAAGAAAAACAAGAGCACACCACAAUCAAUAAUUGUUUCUGGAGAAUCGGGUUCGGGUAAAACUGAAACGUCAAAAUGUUUAUUGAAAUUCUUCUCUGGAUCGGAACAAACACAAGAAAUGAUUAAUGCAAAUAUUUUAUUAGAAUCAUUCGGCAAUUCGCGAACAACAGAAAAUGAAAACAGUUCUCGCUUUAUAAAAACUAUACAGUUGAAAUUGGACUCACUCAGUAUUGCUAGCAUUAAACUCUGUACAUUUUCUUUGGAAAGUUCUCGAGUUUGUCCGGGAACCUUUGAUACAUUUCAUAUUUUUUACUAUUUGGCAUAUGGAGCUACAAGCGAAUGGAAGAAGAAACUUAAUUUAGAACAUUGUUCUUUUCCUAUCUUGACAAGGCACGAUACCAAUCAAAAUUUGAGAAACUUUGAAACUAUUGACGGAACAUUAUACAAAUUGGGAGUAUCAGAAAAUGAGAAAAAAAAUAUAUAUGUAAAUCUCUCGGUCAUUUUACAUUUGAGUAAUGUAAAAUUCGAAGAAUUUGAAACCGGAGCACGAAUUACAGAAUUUUCCAAAAAAAACGUCAUCAUCGCAGCAAAUUUAAUGAAUAUAGCCGUUCAGGAUUUAGAAGAAGCUAUUCUUUUCCGUUCAACAAAAUUUCCAGACUCAAUUAUUAUAACACGCUUGAAUGUGUUUGCUGCAUCUAGAGCAAGAGAUACUAUCUCAAAAGCUAUUUACGAUGACCUGUUCAAAUCAAUAGUCUUUUAUAUUAAUCGAGCAUUUGAAAACAAUCAUCAAUCUGAUCAAAGUCCGAAUAUUAACAUCCUCGAUAUUGCCGGCUUUGAAUGCUUCAAUUCAUUAGGCAAUCGUUUCGAGCAAUUCUGUAUUAAUUAUUCUAACGAAAAAAUUCAAAACUUUUGUACACAACGACUCAUUUGUGAUGAGAUAAAUUGGUAUAAAGAAGAAUCUAUCAACGUUCCUGAAAUUUCAUUUCCAGGUAACGACAUGGUUCUUGAUAUGCUUGAGAAUAAGAAAUUUGGAAUUUUUUCACUACUGGAUGAAGAAUGUCGAAUGCCAAAUCCACAAACAGAAUCUUUCAUACAAAAAGAAAAUUUCAUUGAACACAACGCUGAAGUGCAUUCUAAGUAUUUGUGUAAUUUACUUGUAAAAAUCCUAAAACCGGCAGCUUCUGCACCUCAACAUAUGUACAAAUUUUCCAAUGCGGUUAAUGACAAAAAGAAAACAUAUUCCGGGACGUUUAUAAUGGAACUUGAAUCACUAAUUUCUGAAUUAAAACCAACGCGGCCGUAUUUUAUUCGUUGUGUUAAACCAAACCGAAAAACAAUGCCAGAUAUUUUUGAUGACACCAUUGUUUUUAAUCAACUACAGUCAUCAGGAAUGUUGGCUUAUAACCAACUGAUUCAACUCGGUUUUCCAAUCAAAAUUAUGAUCUUGGAUCUCUUUGAAAAACUUAAGUCUGAUGUUAUUAAACCGAAAGAAUCGCAACCGAAAUCUACAAAUAUGCAAUACGUCAGGCCAAACAGAAAUAAUUUGUGA